CUCAAUCUAACCCAUCCUUUUUCGUACGUUAUUCUGCACUGGUCGCAGUAAAAAUCUCGAAAGGAAAUAUUCAGAUCCCACAAUUAUCUGAUGAAAAUGGCUUACCAAGGACCAGUUUAUGGCCUCAGUCGAGAGUGUCAAAUAAAGUCCAAAAAGAAGUUUCAACUGGAUCAGGCUCUUCAAGCUCUUGAUUGGGUAAGGGAAGUAACCAAUGAAAAACUAGAACCACCCAAUCUAGAGAGAGGCUUUGAGGACCACAUGGAUUUUGCUGAUAGUUUGAAGGAUGGAAUUGCUCUGUGCAAGCUUAUAAAUAUACUCAUGCCAGGUGCAGUGCCUAAAGUAAAUGAAGGGAAAAUGCCGUUUAAACAGAUGGAAAACAUUGAAAUGUUCCUUAAAGGGUGUGUCAAGUACGGACUGAAGCCUCACGACCUGUUCCAAGUCAACGAUUUAUACGAAAGAAAGAACCUGUACAUGGUAGUGAGCUGCUUAUUCACCUUAGGAGGCCUGGUAAGUUAGCUACAGAGAUAUUUGAUUUAUGUGCAGAUGUUAUUCAGAACCAGAUGCA